GCAAACCAUUCCGUCUUAAUACGAUUAUCUCAACAACACAAUAUGAACUCGAAACAAUCAUCUUGUGCAGACCAGCAAUUAACCAACAAAGAUUCUCAAGACAAAUGUUGUAAAGACGAUGAAAUUGUUUGUGGAAUUUGUAUGGAAGUCGUAUGCGAGAAGGAAGAUCUUAGUAAAAGAAGGUUCGGAUUACUUGACAAUUGUGUCCAUGCGUUUUGCUUUGAAUGUAUAAUACAAUGGAGAUGUACUAGAUCAUUAGAAAGUUCUGUCGUCAAAUUAUGUCCCACAUGCCGGGCUGCGUCUUCGUUCGUGACGCCCAGUGAAGAAUGGGUUACUGAUCCAGAAGAAAAGAAGGCUUUAAUGAUCAAGCACAAAAAGGAAAUGUCACUCACACCAUGUCGAAGAUUUCAGCAAGGCAAAGGAACCUGUCGAUACGGGACAAGGUGUUAUUAUUUGCAUGCGUACCCAGACGGCACAACAGCAGAAGAAACUAUCAACCUCUUUGCUCGAAACCAACUUAGAUAUCCAAGUGCAAGAGCAGGGCGAGGCACAUGGUAUGAAUUUGUUGAAGUAAUUCAUCGAAGAGUCUCUCUCAAUCCACAAGAUUUAUUUGAACUUGUUCGAGUGAUGCAUAUUCAUGCUCAAACCUUGGAAGGGCUCGGAUAUCAAGCUGACUAUGAAUGGGUAUUGACUGGUCGUCGAUAAAAUACUACAGAUACUACGUUGAUAUAUUACCUGCGAACGUUCAAUCAGUCGCGCAAAAGUAGAUGAAUUAGAAGACAUGCGGUUCUUUCGGUGGAAUGGUUCUUCGGGGAAACAAGCAAUGAAAACCGGAGAAGUGAUUGUAAUACACUGCGGAAAGUAGUAGGCCAUAAGAGAAUGUGUUGUCAAGUGAACAUGGAUUUGAAUUUGUGUAAUGAUGUAGAAAUAAAUCCCAUAAAAUAUACAAUGUUUUUUGUUUUAUUCUUUUAUUUCAAAUAAACAACUUCAUAACAUUA